UGAAAGUUGACACGCAUUUUUUGUUCACACUUUAAAGAAUCGAAAGAAAACUGGAACUCAAACAUUGAUAUUAAUAGUUACUUUUCAGUACAAUUGAGUAAUUGAAACUAAUACAGUCGAUAUAAGAGAUAAGAUGUCUGAUAAAUAUCCAGCUUUAGAAACCAUAGAUAAUGAUUUAACAUCUACUGAACCAGGCAAAGAGUUUGAUUCUGAUUUUUUGUCCCGUGAAAAAGAACUAUUAGGGGAAGAAUUCAAGACUGAUCAAGAUGCUGAUGUGUUGAACGGUAGUGACGACGAUGACAUAAAUGAUUUCAAAGAACAGUUUCCAGAGGUCGAUGAAACCGAGGCCGAAAGGCAAGAACAAGCAGCAGCAGAAACAGAAGCAGAAACAGCUGAUGAAGGAUUUAAUGGGUCUAACGAUAACCAUUUGAUUCAAGGAGAAUCAGAACAUUUGAAAGAAUGGAAGGAACGUCGUGAAUUGGAAAUUGAGAAAAGAGAACAAGCCAAUGCUAAAUCUAAACAAGAUAUUGUUGAUAAAGCUCAAAAAACUAUUGAUGAUUUUUAUGAUAAUUACAAUAACAAGAGAGAACAACACACCAAAGAAGUCUUGAAAGAGCAAGAAGAAUUUUUAGAGAAAAGAGAUGGAUUUUUGAAAAGAGGUACUUUAUGGGAUAGAGUUAAUGAAUUAGUUGGUGAAGUUGGUGAACCAACUGCUGAUGAAAAUAGAGACAAAACUAGAUUCAAAGGCUUAUUGACUAAGUUAAAAGGUAAGGAGAAUGUUCCAGGUGCCGGUGGUUAUUAAUGAAACUUGAUCCUUUAUUUCUUCAAUUAUAGGCACGAAUUUAAUGUGUUUUAUUUCUUUCUUCUCUAUGUAAUUAUUAGAACUUUCAAAAAAAAAAGAAUUUUUACAUUUUCUAUCAACAAAAAGAACAAUUUGUAGUAUUA